CAGAAUCCGUUUCUGGGGUGGGGGCCAAACGAAAUGUGCGAAACGUUUCAACGGCUUUUUUUUAGGCGAUGUUUGGGGCUGUUUCCUUUUGUCGUCUCUCUGCAUGAUCGAAUGUGGACUCGCUCAGAGCUUGCCUACACUAGUGAAAAUUAUCUUUAUGUACAGAAGGACCAAGGCAUUACCCUUUUGCAAAGAGUGCUCAAAAUAAGACACAGCAACAUGGUUCGUACACGUCCAAAGAGAACACAAGCAGAACAGAUUCCUCCAGCACCAGACGUAGCUGAAGAAGUAGCAGGUCUGAGGGGGCAAAUAGCAGCCCAGGCUGAGGAAAGCAGACAGUUACGAGAAUUGCUUACCCAGUUGAUUCAGGGUCAGCAGGUUGGAGGAGCACCCCCUCCGCAGGCUGUGCCAGCACAAGCCGCCCAAUCUGAGCAACCCGCAGAGAGGGUUGAACCCCAAGAGCCUGUAAGGGGUGAGAUGGGGCAUCGAGAAAUGAUCCCAAGGGAACCAUUGUAUGUGAAGUUUAAGAGAAUGGUACCUCCAGAGUUCGAUGGGUUAACAGAUCCACUCGAAGCUGAGGAAUGGUUAGCAUCCAUUCAGACAGUGUUUGAGUUUAUGAAACUCACCGAUAGGGAGAAGUAGUUUGACUUGGUCAACACAUUAUAAGGGCCAAAGGAGAAAGAGAAAAUAGUUAUUAUAUGGCCUAUUCGAUUUUCAUAAUAAUAUGGCCUAGUGUGAUGGGCAAUUACAUGACUAUGAAAAUGACCAUGUCAUUAUCGUCUUAAUAAUGAGAAAAUAAUCAACAAUGGAGAUAAAUGUGAAAUCUCUUAUGUAAGAAGAGACAUGUACGAGGUAAAUAUUGCUCGUUAUGUGUGAAAAUGAUGUAUUAGAAAAUAUUUACUCUCUUUCAAAUUGUAACAAGACAACUAUAUGAAUAAUUAUGACGCACCAAGAGAUAUA